AUGCGCAGCAAGGUGCUUCAAAUCCAACGUCGUCUAUUCUCGACUAGUGUGUCGAGGAGCAGUGACUUUGCGCAUUGUGUCAUUCAUGCGGGGAUAUACUACCCCGAACAAUCUUUAAAAACGAAAUUAUGUAUCCGUGGAAAGGAAUUACUGUACGAUCUAUGCGAGAGACAGAGUAUACCGCAUAAAAGGCUUGGGAAGUGGAUUCUUGCGCAGAAUGAGAACGAACGGGAGAUCCUCGAAGGGUUGCAUAAGAAGUGUAUACGACUAGGUGUGCCUACUAAGUUCAUCGAAAAGAAUGAGGCAGAGAAGCUGGAACCUGACGUUUAUGCUCCCUUCGGGGUACUUAGCUCCCCGACAACAGGAAUCAUUUCUGUGCAUGAUUAUAUGACAUACCUCGCCUCUACACUGGAGCAAUUUGACAUUUCAUUCCAAACAUCCGUCGAAUCACUUCGAAGGACUAAAAACGGGAACUACGAAAUCACUGCAAGAUCUACAGGUGAUUCCGAACCGUUUACUAUAACUGCAGAUGUGGUUAUAAACUCCGCCGGUCUUUCUGCACCGUUGGUUUCGAAUAUGUUGUUACCAAAGGAAAGACAUGUCAUACCAUAUUAUGCGAAGGGUAAUUACUUUUCGUAUUCGGCUUUGAAACCCAAGGUUUCGAGGUUGAUAUAUCCGUGUCCCGUUGAGGGACUUGGUGGGUUGGGAACACACUUGACGCUUGAUAUGGCUGGUAGAAUGAGGUUUGGACCAGAUGUUGAGUGGGUUGAUAAUCCUGAUGACCUUGUGGCGAGGGAUUCGAGGUUACAAGAGGCGGUCGGGGCAGUUAGUACUUAUUUACCUGGUAUAAGGAGAGAUGUUUUGACGGCGGAUUAUUGUGGGAUUAGACCAAAGUUGCAGCCUAAGGGAGGAGGAUUUCAGGAUUUUGUGAUAAGGGAAGAAGAGGGUUUUAAAGGGUUUGUGAAUUUGUUGGGGAUUGAGAGUCCUGGAUUGACGUCUAGUUUGGGAAUUGCGGAAAUGGUAGAUGAGGUUCUCUAUAAAUGA